GCGUGGGCGCGGCUGUGCAAGUGUCUGGGCGCGGAGUUCCUGCCGUUCAUGCACGUGGUGAUGCCGCCGCUGCUGCACUCCGCCUCGCUCAAGCCCGACGUCACCAUCUCCGACAUUGAUGACGACACGGCCAACGAUGAUGAAGACGACGACAGCCAUUUCGCCUCGCUCAAGCCCGAUGUCACCAUCUCCGAUAUCGAUGACGACACUGCCAAUGACGAUGACGACAGGUGGCGUGGAGACGCUAAUGAUAGUGUGGAGACGAUAACGAUAGGCGACAAGAAGAUCGGCAUCCGCACGAGCAUGCUGGAGGAGAAGGCCACGGCGUGCAACAUGCUCUGCUGCUACGCCGACGAGCUCAAGGAGGGCUUCUUCCCCUGGAUCGACCAGGUGGCGCAGCUGAUGGUGCCGCUGCUCAAGUUCUACUUCCACGAGGAGGUCCGCAAGGCCGCCGCCAGUGUAAGCCCCCUCCGCCCCCGCGCCUCCUCCGGUCCCCUUGCACCAUCCUCUCCAUCCCGGAGCUUGCUGCUGGACGGCAAGCUGGCGGUGGAGAAGGGCAUGGCGCCAGCGGUGACGGCGACAGCGGAGGGAGAGAAGCGCUACCUCAAGCAGAUGGUCGACUUCCUUGUGCCUCCUCUUGUGGAGGUUCUUACCAAGGAGCCAGAGGUGGAGAUGAUAGUGGUCAUGCUCGAGUCUCUGCAAGAAUGCAUUCAGGGGGUGGAGCUGAGUGCGGAGCAGGUGACGCAGGUGGUGGCGCAGCUGAAGGCCGUGGUGGAGGGCAGCCGGGGGCGGCGCAAGGAGCGGCUGGAGCGCACCCAGACAGAGGACUUUGAUGAGGAGGAGAGCGAGCUGCUGCAGGAGGAGAACGAACAGGAAGACGAGGUGCUUGAUCAGGUGGGAGACUGCAUAGGAGAGCUGGCGAGGGUGUUCAAGGGCAGCUUCAAGCCAUUCGCCGACGACCUCGCUCCCUUCGUGCUUCAAAUGAUGGACAAGAGUCGGCCGGCCACGGAGAGGAGGGUGGGCAUCUGUAUCUUUGACGACCUGGCGGAGAACAUGGGCGAUGCUGCUGCCAGCUACUUCCCGGCCUUCCUGCCGCACAUCCUGGAGGCCGUGCUCGACCCCUUGCCCGAGAUCCGACAGUCAGCAGCAUAUGGCAUCGGCAUCUGCGCACAACAUGGUGGCGCUGCCUUCACUCCAUAUGUGCCAGACACGGUGGCACGGCUGGGGCAGGUGGUGAGCAGUGGGGACAGCAAGAGCGAGCUGAGCGUGUCAGCAACGGACAACGCGAUAUCAGCCUUGGGGCGGCUGUGUGAGCACCAGGCGCACGCACCCUUUGACUCCGCGCACGUGCUGUCCGUGUGGCUCGCCUACCUGCCCAUCCGCGAGGACCGUGCCGAGGCCAAGGUUGCACACGCCCAGCUCUGCGGCCUGCUGGAAAGGUCGGACACUCGUAUUUUGGGCCCCAACAACCAGAACCUGCCCCACAUUGUCGGAGUGCUGCUAGAGGUGCUCAAGGCUGGCACGGAUUUGGCAACAGAGGAGACGAACAAGCGAGCCGUGACGCUGCUGCGGAGCCUACCUGCGGAGAUCGUGGGUGCUCUGCCCCCGGAGCAGCAAGCUGUCCUGCAGCAGGCCCUUCAGUCCUCGUAA